GAUGUGACAUGUCAUGUCAUAUUUCAAAACAAAAUUUCCGAAAGCUCAAAACUUGGCCAAAACAGCUGACAGCUGUCGAAUUUAAGCGAAGUCGGCUCACGGCGCGGGUGAAAGUUGAAAAAUAUAAGAUAAUACAAUUUAUUUAGUACAAUAUAAUAACAUUAUAAAACGAGUGACACGUCAUGGCGGCAAUAUUAGGAGGCGGGCUAGGAGGAUUAUCAACAGGUUAUUAUUUACUAAAGAAUAACAUUAGCCAUAAUAAUAAUUUGAAGUUAUUUCUGCUAGAAGCUACAAAUCAGUGUGGAGGAUGGAUUAAGACAAUUCGAACAAAGGACUACUUAUUUGAACAAGGCCCGAGAACCAUACGGCCCAAGGGUGUAGUCGGACUAAACACUCUAAACAUGAUGCAGGAUUUAGGUCUAAGUGAGCACAUAUCACCAAUAAAACCCGACCACCCAGCCGCAAAAAACAGAAUGAUUUACGUAAACAACACAUUACAUCUUCUUCCAUCUAGUUUAAAAGGUGUUUUUCAAACGAAUGGACCAUUUUCAAAACCCCUUAUUUAUGCAUUAUUUAAUGAUUUGAAACAGCCGCACAAGGAACUAAAAGACGAUUCCAUUUACAAUUUCGUAGAACGUAGAUUUGGCAAGGAAAUUGCAGACUAUGCAAUAUCACCCAUGAUAUGCGGUAUUUGUGCUGGGGAUGCUAAGGAAAUAUCUGUUAAAUUCUUAAUGAAAACAUUAUUUGAGUACGAACAGAAUCAUGGAGGUGUCAUGAAGGGGUGGAUGAAGUCCAUGUUUAGUGCAAAAACCUCAAAUGAUAUUGAAUUGACUGACUUGGCCAAGGUAGCUAAAGAAGAAAAAUGGAGUGUGUACACUAUCAAAGGUGGUUUGGAAACAUUCCCUACAAUACUCGAAACCUACCUUAAAGACAAUGAUGUAAAUAUGCAAUUAAAUACUAAAGUAGAAGAAAUAGAAUUUGUUGAUUCCAGUCUUGUUAAGUUAAAGAAGAGUGAUGGGGAAGUACUAACGGCAAGUCAUGUAUAUUCAACAAUACCAGCUCAUGUCCUGGCAAAACUCAUUGAAAAACAACAUCCUGAGUUAUCACAAAACCUAAAACAGAUACCGUUUGUAACUGUUGGAAUUGUAAAUCUAUAUUUUGCUACAAACAAACCUCUCAUUACUCCAGCUUUUGGUUUCCUUAUACCACCUAUUGAGAAUUCUCCAAUUUUAGGAGUAGUUUUUGACUCCUGUUGCAUCCCUGAUCAAAAAGGAACUGUUUUAACUGUUAUGCUUGGAGGAAGAUGGUUCAAAGAAAAAUUUGGAGAAGGUGUUAGUAAUGAAAGGCUUUUAAAUAUUGCAUUGAAAGAAAUACAAGCAAUUCUAAAGAUAGAUGAUGCCCCUGCUGCAUACAAUGUUAGCAUAUUGGAUAAAUGCAUACCCCAAUAUGUGAUUGGUCACUAUGAAAGGGUAGAUAAAAUAAGGCAAUACAUUCAGAAAAGUAAUUUACCAAUAUCAUUAGUAGGCAGUAGUUAUGAUGGUGUUGGGGUCAAUGAUGUUAUAUUUUCUGCUAAAACUCAAGUUGAAGAAGACUGCAUUAAUUCUAAGUAAUAUAACUUGCCAUGAAAAAGUAAUAUUAUUUUUUUAUCACAAAUGGGAAAUGGUACAAAUAGUAUUAGUUAUUUACCUACUUUUUAUAUGGGAACAAUAAUGUUUAUUUUGGUGCCAUUGAGUUUAUUUAACAUUAUAUUGAAAUACAUACUGUGAUACUUGUGCAAUGUUUAUUAAAUGUUAUAACAACUGACCGU